AUGUUCGGUCCAUCAGCAAAGCCACUACCCAAAGCCCCAACGAUCUCGAUCACGGCAGAGUGCUCUUCUACUACGGACGACAAAACGAUUCCAGCACGAAGGCCAUCAUACCAAACCAAGCCGUUCCUCCCGGUCACACUACGAACGACAUACCUCCUUUCGUUGCUCGUGGUCACUGCUGGUCUGUUGAUCGUCGUCCAAUGGCUGUACUUUGUUAGCCAGCGCGAUAGAGGAAUCAUUUUUGCCAAGGAUAUCAAUGCCCUACCUUUGUCGAGGUCAUUCUGCUACUUGUAUUUACCCACCUUGAUCUCAGUCAUCUACAGCUUUCUUUGGACAUGGGCCGAUCUCGAUAUCAAGCGACUGGAACCAUAUUUUCAGCUCUCGCGGCCCAAUGGCACAACCGCAGACAACUCUAUACUUCUGAGUUACCCACUGGAGUUCCUGGUAAUGGUUCCUGUGAUCGCCUUCAAACGAAAGCAUUGGCAAGUCCUCGCUGGCUCUACUGUCAUGAUCCUGAUCUUCUGGGGCCUCACGCCAGCCCAGGCAGGCCUGUUCGCCGUACGAACCAUAACGAUCAAAGAGGAUAUUUCUGGAACAUACUCCACUGCAUAUACUCCGCUUCAGCAGCAAGGAAGCCUUUCGAGUACUUACGCACAAUCUGUGUACAACAUCGCCUGGCUGAAUGAGACUUUACCUCCAUUUACAACUGCGGAUUAUGUGCUCGACAAUUUUGGUCCAUCGCAAGACGCCCGUGAAGGCAGUACCAACAUGACAUUUACUGGUCUCACCAACCUCUAUAGUGUUGACCUGGCAUGCGAGGAAGCGACGUUGUGGCACAACUCCGGCAUAUGGUACUACAACAGCACCGGAGGGUGCAGCUUCUAUGCACCUGUGUAUAGAUCUGGCGGCGGCAAUGAUACUUCCAAACCAUACGAUACGAUGUACGCCGGCUAUCAAAACCAAGAUGGCUUUGCCUCGUACUAUCUGUCGACCUAUUGCGACGAGGACGCUUUCCAUUUGUUCUUCGUGCGGUGGUCGAAAGCAAAAGAGAGCGCGAUACGAGCCGGUAACAUGACCAAAGGACCACUCAGCCCAUCGGAUGCGAACGCCACAUCUCUAUUUUGCCAGGCAACUUAUUACCAGCAGAAGGUCAACGCGACUAUCAACCUACCUUCGCAGUCUGUAGUGGAUGCCCGACCUGUAGGAGACAAGACUGCUCUGCCAAAUGACCUGUUCAACGUAAGUACUUUCGAGUGGGCAAUGAACUCUGGCCAGCUACAAGUGGGUGCGCGAAGUGACUAUCCUACCACAACAUUCCCGAACCAACAGUCGCAAUUGGCAGGCCUUGCCUUGAACGUUGCAUACCUCCCGAAGGUAGCGCCCUUUGCCAUUGCAACAGACCAACUUCCACUCGAGGACUACUUGGACCCGAUAAAACUGCGACAGUCUUACGAAUCAGCAUACCGCUUGCUCUUUGCACGUCAGUUGGUCGAUAUUCUUGGUCACAACUUGGUCAACGCCACCUCGAACGUUGGACACCGUUCGUACGUCAUUCAGGCAGUUGUGGUCGUCUCAGCGUUCGCGUGGGUUGCCACGGGACUUCUGGCUGCUAUCAUGGUCCUGGGCGUAUACGUACUCGUCACGUCCGGAAGGCGAGCUAAUGAGCUACGAGCCGAUCCUUCUACCUUGGGAGCGCUCAUGGACUUGGUCGCCGGCGAUCAGAAUACCAUCAGAGCUUUUGCUGACGUGAGUGACCAGUCUGACGAGGAUCUAAUUAAAUCCAUGAAGAACUUCCCCUUCGAGCUGCGAGAGGCAGGUCACACCGGUGAUCAUCAUGUGGCUCUGCGUAUGAUUGAGGCAUCUCCAGAAAUGGCUGAUUCUCCCACAACACCAUUGAUCGGAACUACGAAUGACGUCUCCUGUGGGGAGAAGAGGAAAGCGAUAGACGGUGUGCGCCCCGUGGAGAUGAAAAUCGUAAUAGGCGUCAUCUUCUUUGCUGUGCAAGCAGCUACGAGCAUAACAUUUGCCGUACUGUUCGCACAGGCUAGGAGGCACAACGGUUUACCUCUUCCUUCUCAAUCAGACUUUGUGCGACAGCUGGUUGAGAACUACAUUCCAAUAGCGCUCGCGACACUGAUCGAACCAUUUUGGCUUGUGCUGAACCGCCUGUUGUGCUUGCUACAGCCUUUCGAGGAGCUUAGGAAAGGCUCAAUGCCCUCACCCAAAGCCAUUGACCUGGAUUACAACUCUUUGCCUCCGCACUUAUUGUUCGGCAGAGCAUUCAGAGCUGGUCAGAUCCUGCUGGGCGUGGUCUGUCUCAUGACCCUGUUGGCGAACGUACUGUCAGUCGCCUUGAGCGGCCUGAUGUACGAAGGGGCCAUGAACAUUACCCACGCCACAACAUUCGGAACUGCGAAGUCAGACAAGUUCGGCAACCUCAAUGGCACAGCAGCUCCGUUCAAUAGCGAUCUGGCAUCAACCACUGAGAUUGACACUAAGGCCGAGUCCUUUUACCGGAUGAUGUCGAAUCUGACGGCUGACACACCGCUGCCGCCAUGGACCGACAAAGACUUUGCGUACCAGGCCGCUGAUCUUCGCGGGAUGAACGAGAACGCAACGGUAGAGAUCGGUGUCGGUGUAUAUCAAGCAAACACUACCUGUCGACCGCUACCGAACUAUGGUGUGGAGAACUACACGUUGACAUACAACAGCGAUGCUGCCGAAGUCGCUAUCACUGUACACAUCAAUACGACAGACGUGGGUGUUGUGAGCUGCACGAACUGGAGGCCAUGGACCAGAUCCAACGCCGCACCGGGGUCUUCUUACGUCGCCAACUCGCGACCAGGACGUUCAGCUGUCGAACUCAACGCAUGGCUAUCAAGCCGCAAGACCGCGCCCAUGUACGACCUUUUCUGCAGACAGCACAUCUUAGCCGGCUGGAUUCGCGCCGAGUUCGAGAUCAUCGAAGGCGCCCAGCAGACUUACAGAGGUCUGCCACAAAUGAGAGUGGUCUCUAGCAAUGAGACCAUGCUUCUCUGUGUGCCUAUAAUCAUGACGGGCUACGCUAUUGUUCAAGUCGACUCGAAGGGCCAGGUUCAACAAAAUCUAGCCACUUCCGCAGGCCCUGGCGAUUGCAGCAAGUUCAACACUACAGAGCGGAACCUGGUAGGCCAAGUCAACCAAUUCCUGGUAGACAGCGACGCGACCUGGCACGACGAUGCUUACCCUUCCGACUACAUGAAUUACCUCAUCGGCAAAAGCACCAACGACACCACCGUGUUCGAUGCCUCACUUCCUGUCCCCUCACCUGAAAAAGCGGCGAGGCAUUUCGAGGACCUAUACAGGCGACUCUUCGCGAUCCUAAUCAGCACGAACGCCGAUCGUCUUUUCGAAGACAACAUAGGCGGCGAGUAUCUCAAAGGGACGGUGUUAAUACCCGAGACCCGGAUCCUGUUCUCGACACCAGCGUUCGUUGUGGCGGAGGUGAUUUUGGGUUGCUACAUGCUCACGACGAUUGCAUUCUACGUCAAAAGGCCGUGGCGGAUAUUGCCUCGGCUGCCAUCGACUGUGGCGUCGAAUAUUGCCUUCUUCGCUGCUAGUCGCGCUCUGUGGGAGUUGUCAGCCAGACAGAGUGUAGAUGGAGCACAAGACAAUGAGAAAGUCCGCGCGAGCUGGACCUGGGGAUAUGGAUCUUUUGUGGGCAUGGAUGGCAAGCGGCAUGUUGGGAUUGAGAGGGAUCCACUGGUCAUUGUGCUACAGAAAAGUGAUCUGCGCAGGAGGAAGGUGUCAGAACAGACGCACGAUGUAGAAUAG